AUGCGGAUACUCUUCCAGAACGAGCCGGUGUACGGUAACUACGAGGAUUCAGGAGUCGCUACUAGUGCCGAUGCGCACUCGCUCGUAUUUGAUGAACCUGUGACGCCUCCACCAGGAGAUGGCCCUACGGGUACGACUCAUCCGAAGGCCUCAAGGACGUCUGGUGCGGGGAAGGUCGCUGGAUCGCCACUCGGAGAACUAGAAACCCUCGCAAAAGCACUAGCACAGUCACAAGGUGCGGUCCUUUCGGCAUGUGGUGAGGUCGGUAAGGGUUGCAGUAGGGUCUCGCAACGUCCCAAAAAGGGCAUAAAGGACGAACAAGGUGAACUACAGCCGAAGGUGAAGGAUGAAGGCGAAAAUGAAGAUGACGACGAUGAGGAGGAAGACGACGCCGACGAGGAGGAAGAAGAAGAGGAGGAAGGUGAUGAGCGUCAAGGGGAGGUGGGUGAGCGGGGACAUUCACCCACGCUACCUCAUCUGUUGCUACACCACCACCAUCACCAUCACCUGCCGCAUCAACAGCGAGCUUCAAGCCGUAUGUCGAAUACAAGCACGAGUACGAUCAAGCAACACUACUACCCGGAAGGUGGCUGGGGCUGGAUCGUCGUCCUUGUCGGUGUUCUGGUGCAUGUCCUGACGCACGGACUGCAAACCGCUGUUGGUGUGUUGAUCCUCGCAGCUGGGCGUUGCUAUCGUGUCGAGUCAAUCGCCCUAACAGGAUGGCUGGGCGCACUGUCGACCGCUGUUGCUCUCUUCAUAUCACCUAUAACCAUCGCGGUAUGCAAGCGAAAGUCGACACGCCUCACAGCUGUCAUCGGCGGGUUAGUAACUGCCCUCGGUUGCCUGUUCACGUCAUUCGCCUCCCAGUUCCACCAGCUAUUCUUCAGCUACGGUGCCGUCGUAGGUGUUGGUGUUGGUAUGACACGCGACUGCUCUACACUGAUGGUGGCGCAGUAUUUUAAGAAGCGCCGAGAAUUCGUCGAGAUCUUCAUCGUAUCCGGAAGCGGGCUCGGCAUCGCCGUCAUGUCCGCCUUCAUCAAGUCAGCGAUCGACGCGAUCGGAUGGCGACUAGGGUUGCAGGCCGUCACUGGGACCGUGUUCAUCACCUUCAUUCUCGGGACAUGCUACCGGUCGGCAUCGCUGUACCAUCCACAAAGGCGCGCUAUCCUUCACUUGAAGAAUCAGAAGCGCAAGAUCAAGGACAAGAACAAGCACGACGAUCGGCCACCCUUUUUCGACUUCAGCACGCUACGCAGCAAAACCGUCCGCAUCCUGCUGGCGUCUACUGGUAUCGGUGCGUUUGGCAUCAACACUCCUAUCUUCUACCUAGCGCAUGAGGUGCAGAAAGACGGCAUUGGAGACAAGGUGAUGAUCCUGCAGAUCUACCUCGGACUAGCCUGGACACUCGGAUGCACCGCGUUCGGACUGCUGGUCGUUCGAAACAGCGUCGAGUGCCGGAUCGCUCGUCAGUACCUCUGCCAAACUGCGAUCUUCAUGUGUGGUGUUUGCAUUCUCGCCCUCACCGCCGUCCACGGUAACUACCACGGGUACGUCAUGUUCGUCUGGAUCUACGGCAUCUUCUGCGGCGGGUAUCACUACUCGCUCAAGAUGUACACCUACGAGAAGGUGCGGGCACGUAACUUCGCUCGUGCCUGGGGCUUCGUGCAGUUCGCGCAAGCCAUCCCGAUUGCACUCGGUGUGCCCAUCUCAGGUUACAUGAACGAGAACGGUUCCGGUACUGCCGGUUACUACUUCAGCUCCGGCUGCGCCAUCGUUGGCAGCGUGCUGAUGUUCCUGAUCGACUUACAUCGGCGGUCCGUGUCACGCCAUAAACACACCAGGGCGAAUGGAACACGCCACCUGUGUGUUUCGGAGACGUGUCCUCAGCGGCGCAAGCUGUCAUUCUCGCAGGAACCGGACAAUGAACCGGGCAUCAUCACUGGCAACACUGCCAUGAUGAUUGGUCCGGAGCUGCUCAUACCACCGCUCAGCGAUGGUAUCGUGGAACCGAUCAACGGUCUUGACAAACCAGAGCUCACCUGCAUCUCUGAGGAGGGCAUCGCUGACAUGGACCUGCCCGACAACUUGCUCGACGAUCUCGACUAUGUCGGUGAUUGUAUCACCUCUUGCAACAAGGUGGAAAACUAUCUCAUGCUGAGUGAGUUCGAGAACAACCUCAGCGCCGAAGUUCCUAUCCUACUGGACAAGCGCGGCCGUCGGUUGUCGCUCUCAAAAACAAAGGCCCUGCUAGGUGAUGGGCGGCUUCUGGCCGGGGCAGGACCACCCUACCAACACCACCCCGAGUGUCCUGCCGAACACGCACCGGGGACAAUAGUCGCACCACCGACCACCGGUCCAGACGUCAACGGGACGGACCCACGGCUCACCCUGUUACAUCCUCACCAGGUACAUCACCACCACCAUCACCAGCAUCACCAGCAUCACCAUCCGCAGCAGCAACACCAACACCACCAGCCGGUCAAUGGCGAUCUGGCCAAGAACCUGCCACUGUUGGUCACCAAAUCCGACGUCGCCCCACAAAACACGAUCGGUGGUGGAGGUGGUGGAGGAGGAGGAGGUCGAAGCGGUGGGGACGCUGGUGGGAAGCAGACGUCCGGGAAUGGGAGUGGCGGUGGAACCGGCCCAAACGCCCUCCAGCCCCAGCAGCACUGCAGACUGAACAGUAAAUGGCGCCCGAGCCAGCAGGUCGGUUUUCUCAACAACCGCGUUAUAUCUGUGAUCGAUGAAGCCUCAGUUUAGAGCGAGCGAGCGAGAGAAUGCGCGAACUGGAAGACGAAGAAAAAAAGGAAAAGAGAUGUGAACGAUGAAGGACGAGGUGUACCAACUCUGGCGAGGAGAGUGCGCUUGGCGUAGAAGGACCCGCAGGACUUGAAGGAGUAAAUGUUUAGUAAGCAACUAUCAGAUUGCCAGGUGUUGGUGGAUGGGGUUGGGGUGCAGAUGAACGCGGGCACACACAUACACCACCCAUAAAUCGAUCCAUUUGUACAUAGUGCUGACGUGCCCCUCCGAGGUAUACUUCAUCGAUGUUUGCUGCUGCCGCACGAUUUAUUUGCGAGGCGUUCAUCUUCCCGUUUUUUUCUGGUUCUUUUCGGGCGUUAUUAACGCUUUUCUUUUAGUUUAUUUUUCUGCGAACGAGCGACGGCCCCAGAGCUCCCGCAGGCUCUGAACGGGUUUUCGGUGCCAUCCUUAAGCCUUGCGGCCGCUUCUGUCGGUACGAUUGGCCUGCCUCUCCUCGGCCGCUCCACGGUUCCGAGUACGGAAAAGGACCGCCCGGAACUAUUUGUUUUUUUCUUUUCUUUUCCUUCGCCACUCAAUUUACCAAAUGAUGCUAUAAAGUAAUCGACUGUUAGAAGUUGCAUAGGUUCGCGUACGCGGGGCGUACGGGUGGGGGUGGGGAUGCACCCUGCUCUCACCUGUUUCUGCCCACACCGCCCGCUCGCCAUGCACGAAGGAGAUCGUGUAAGAUAAUUUAUAUGUAACGCUAUAAACGGCCGUUUAUAAUCUACUCUUAUAGUGCAUAUACUGAUGUAUACAAACCUAUUCUAUAUCCAUACUGUGUGGGGUAUGCUAUAACCGCGGGUUAUUAGACCGAACCAUCGCCAGCCUACUACUCCUCUACGAAAAUCCGCGUCAACUGACAGCUAACAGUCCGUGGAGCCGAUAAAGAGGGUGAAAUAAUGCACCCCAAAAACACACAGUGCUAUAUGCAGCCAAAAUGCAACACCGUUAGUGAAAUGCACCCGCAAAUACUGAUGGAAUUGUUUUAAUAAAAACCAGAUAA